AUGGAUCCAGGGGGCUCGAGAACUAUUAUUUCCACUCAGAUCGUGCCCCACAAGCUUUCUGAGACACCCAUAGGUCCAGAGGGCUCUGGAGCAGGGCCUCCGACUCAGAUUGUGACCCAACAACCUCAGAUUUUCUCCAGCGCUGGGGCCAGUCCUUCUCUGCAGAGGCCACUGAAGAAAUUUUAUGCUGGGGAGCCGUUGGCACUGGGGGUGAGUGCAAACAAACAAACAAACAAACAAACAAACAGGAGCUGCAGUGUUUGAGUCCACCAUGUCUGCCCUGCACCAAUAACUGUCUCUUUUAGGAGCUUUCUUCCCCAAUCAGCUUGAUAGUGGUGCUUCUCAGACAGUAUCCAGGGCACCUUUGGGUUCCUCUGGAGUAAGAUCAGAAUGGUGAAUUAGCUUGCAGCACUGCUGAGAAUGUGUAAAACUGGAUUGUGGACCAUCCAGAUUUUGCUGGACCGGAACUUCCAUUAUUCUGGCCAUUGGCCAUGCUGAUGGGCUGAUGGGUGUUGGGGUCCAGCAAUGUCUGGAGGGCUGCAGGUUUCCCAGCCUUGACUUAAUGGAAGGGAAGCAUGUGCAUCCCAACAUGCGAUGAGGGCACUGCUAAGAGGUGGGCCUGCGCAUUCAUGAAAAGGAACAUUUUGACAUCAGCAGGGGGAAUAGACCUCUGGCUUAGGGAAUGGAGCCAAUUAUUCCCACUCCUUAUAAGUUUUAGGGUUCCAUAAAGGGGUGGAGUGAGAGUUGUGGGAACAGGGCUUGCAGAGUUAUCUGUCUGUGGGGCAAUAUCCAGACUGUCAAAUGCACAAUCCUUGAUCGGGUCUUCAAUGUGUGCAUUUUAUUUAUUUGGUUUUGUCCAUGGUGGCAUUGCCCAGAGUGCCUGGGGCAACCCAGUCUGAUGGGCAGGGUACAAGUAAUAAAUCAGGCAUAGGCAAACUCGGCCCUCCAGAUGUUUUGGGACUACAACUCCCAUCAUCCCUUGCUAACAGGACCAGUGGUCAGGGAUGAUGGGAACUGUAGUCUCAAAAUGUCUGGAAGGUUGAGUUUGCCUAUGCCUGUCAUAAGUCAUCAUCAUGAAACAUCCCAAAGUGAUGAAUAAUAAAAUCAUCAGAAAAACAGCAGCAACAACAACAACAUGUUUUAAAGCAAUUCCAAAUCCAAUACAGAUAAAGGGUGUGGUAAGAAUCUCAACUUAAAAGGUUUGUUGGGAAAUGACAUUAAAAAUUAAAAAAGGGAAAUGAAGGUCCUCAGAAGCUCCUGAAAAGGCACUAGGGAUGGUGCCUGACUGAUAUUUAAUAGGAGGAAGUUCCAAAGGGAAGUCCCGACACACUAAAGCUUUGAUCUGUACAUGAUUUGGAAGAUCUCCAGGUGUGACGGUACUUGCAGGAGCAGAAUGCAGAAUGCAGUGAUUGGUUUGGUAUAUAAUGGGCGGGGCAAUCUUUUAGGUCUCCUGAUACCUUGACCCUAGCCAAGCAGCUAAUAUGCCACUGGGACAAUGGGUGAGCAAUUGUUGUGUGAGCAAAGGCUGAGAUGAACACCCAAGUAUCCACUGUGAUAGGUAACAAAAUGCAUGAAACAGACCUCGGUUAAGGUGACCUCCCGCUAAUGCCCUGCUAAACCUGUUACAGGAUCUGAAUCUGUUUUCUUGCAGCAAAUCAGAUCAUUUUCAGAGGGGCAGUUGCAUUAAAACUAUUCCUGCAAAAACAAGAGUCUUGUGGCAUUUGUAAGACACAUUUAUUACAGCACAAGACUUCCGUGGAUUAAACCCUAUGCCAUAAUAAAAGUGUUGAGCCUUGAAGGUUCCACUAGUAAAAAAAUGUUUCCAUAUUUCAAAAGGGAAAAUGUCACCCACCUUCCCACUCACCUGCUGAAGUUUAUCAUCAUUUAGGGAACUUGUCAUGGGCAAAUUGUACUUAUUAUCGUCAAGGAUGAACAAGAUCAGGGUAACAUCAUGUUUAAUUCUCUCUUUGCAGAUCACUCAGAUACUCAUAGGCAUCAUGGGAAUGGCUUUUGGGCUUGUGAUGAAUAUGGCAUCUAAUGACUUCUUGCUUUAUGUGGUCAUAAUGACCCCGUAUUGGACAGGAAUCCCGGUAAUUCUUCAUAUUUGAACCUAAGAGAAGUUUGACAGGAUUCACCUUUGCUCUGUCAAACAAUUCCUGUGCUAGUGCUAUGUUUUGAAACCUGCUUUCUGCUCCGCGUUUGCUGAAUGGCUGCCCAAAGCAGGCAGGUCUAACUAAGGACAUAGGAAGAGUGUGCUGGAUCAGACCAAAAGCCUAUCCAGUUCAGUGUCCUGUUUGCCACUCUGGCCAACGAGAUGACUCUGGGAAGCCUGCAAGCAGGUCAUGGAGGCAAUAGCUAUUGGAUACUUGAGUCCCAAACCAUUAGGGCCCUAAGAACCAACACUUUGAACUGUGCUUGGUCAUUGAACUCAGCCACAUUAGUAAAGAAACAAUGCUUUGAAUACGCUAUAAACAUGCAACACCAGAUGGUGCCAGAGAGCAGGAAAUAUUUAUAUAUGAUUUUCCAUAGUCCUCCCCCAUUGUUAUAAUGAUCUAAUUCAUGGAUAGGCAAACUAAGGCUCAGGGGCUGGAUGUGGCCCAAUCACCUUCUAAAUCCGGCCCGCGGACGGUCCGGGAAUCAGCGUGUUUUCACAUGAGUAGAAUGUGUGCUUUUAUUUAAAAUGCAUCUCUGGGUUAUUUGUGGGGCAUAGGAAUUCGUUCAUCCCCCCCCCCAUAUGGUCUGGGCCCCCACUAGGUCUGAGGAACAGUGGGCUGGCCCCCUGGUGAAAAAGUUUGCAGACCCCUGUGAUUUCUGACUUAUUUAUAGCACCCCCCUCGCCCUGUGUGUAGAUCCACAGCUUGUUAAGAAGGGUGCAAUAUGUUCUGUUUGGCUAGUCCUGGUCAACCAUCCAGCAUCAGAACAACAUUCUCUUAGAACAGCUGAAGUUUCUGCCAGGCUUUCACAAGCAUUGCAGCAGUUACCAGAGAGCAUGGAAACAGUUGUUUUGUUGAACACAGACCCCUGAUCUGAAUGGAAAAAUCUCCUGAUUUAAGUGGAUCUGUUCAACAAAACAGUGAUUUUCAUUUGAAUAAAGUCAGAUGAUGCCCAAUCUAACAGUCCUCUGAUCAGAGGUGGAGCUAGCUGCUCAGGCACCCGGAGCAGCGCACAUGUUGUGCACCCAGGGGCGGGGCGAGCAUCCUAGGGGCGGCGGCGUGGCGAUGUACCCCCCCCCCCGGGAUGACACCCAGGGCGGACCACACCCUCCACACCCCCUUCCUCUGCAAGUGCCUCUGAUUAUGAUCUAGUGGACAGAACCAGACUGUCAGUCCAUUUGAGAUUCGUUCAUUGCCCCGUAUUUCUCUCUGUCUCUCCAUCUGUCUCUUGCAGUACAUCAUUUCAGGAUCCCUGUCUGUGGCAGCUGCUAGCAACCCCAAGAAGCCGCUGGUGACUAACCUCUUAUGGGAUUGUGUGAUGUGAAGAGUCUGAUGAAAAAGAAAGAGAGAAUUUGUGACUUGUGUCGCUUGCCGUUUAAGGCCACUUCCUAGACUUGGGGUUCUGAGGCUGCCUUGUACAAUGCAGUACAUUGCUUAGAGGUUGCUGUCUUAAUGGGGCCUGGCAACUGGGGUGGGCCAAAGAGACAUGCUGGAGUGAUACAGGUCAAGGAUGGGGAAUCUGUGCCUCCACCCCCGAUGUUGCUGGACUUCAACUGCCAUCAGCCCAACAGCCACUCAUCAGGAGUGAUGUGUUGCGUUGAGUGACAACAUAUUAUCCUCCCCCACUGUGACAUACAUAACAUCCAGAGAUUGUUCCAGAUAAAGACUCGUGUUCAUGCAUAUGUAAAUAGGCUGGCUAUAUAAGAAAACCAGUUUAAUGGGUUCAGAUGCCAAAAGAUCUCCCCCUAGUUUUUAUAAGCCAGGAACCAGAGGGAUAUUCUUUGAAAUCCUCUUGGCACACACAGAGAAUGGGCCUGGGUUAAAUACCUUAAGGCUUGGGUUCCCAACCUUUCUGGGGCCUGGGGACACAUUUGAAAAUCCAAUAAAUUGUCAUGAACACCACAAAGUACCCAUUUCACAGAAACGCUGGUGAUGCUCAGAAUUCUGGCCCUAAACAACAACGACAACAAUUUCAUUAUUUAUACCCUGCCCAUCUGGCUGGGUUUACCCUGGGUGGCUUACAGCAUGUCUAAAAACACAAUAUUAACAUCAAGCAUUAAAAACCUCCUGAUACAGCGUUGCCUUCAGAUGUCUUCUAAAAGUUGUGUAAUCAUUUAUCUCCUUGGCAUCCGAAGGGAGGGCGUUCCACAGGGUGGGUGCAACUACUGAGAAGGCCCUAAACAACAGCCAAUGUACGUCUACCCUGCAAACAAAUAAAACAGUGAGUGCAGGGGGAAACAGGCAGCCCUGUUCCAUCCCCCAGUGAACAAUAGGCCAAAGAACCUAACUGUAAAAAAAGUACAAUUUGGAAAGGACAGGGGGCCCUGGCAGGCAUCUUGAGGGCACGGUGGGGACCUCAUCUUGAAGGCCAUUCUUAAAGGUGCUCACUCUCAUCAGGGUCUUUGGCCAGAGACACAAUGGUUUUUCUUCUCCAUCUGUAGGUGAAGAGCAUGCUGGGAUUGAAUGUGGUGAGUGCCAUAGCUGCUGGCCUUGGGAUUAUCAUCCUUUCUUCAUCUUUGGCUAUUUCAGGCCUGGGGUUUCAUGCCAGGUAUUGGUGCAGGAACCUUGAUACAAAACUGGCUCAUAGGUGUUACGAAACCAAAGUCAUCCCUGAGGUGAGGACACGUCCUGGCAAGAUGAUGAUGAUGAAAAUAUAAAACAAAACAAAACAAAAUAUUGAUACCGCACCAAUCUGUCUGGGUUUCCCCAGCCACUCUGGGCGGCUCCCAACAGAAUGUUAAAAAUGAGAUAAAACAUCAAAUACUAAAAACUUUAGAACUACUUGCAGGCCAUUUGCAAUCUGAAAGAAAGGUGCAAGGGGCCGAGGUGGAACAGCAAGCAUUCAAUUCAAUUUCUAGUACAAAAACUCACAGUAACAUGGCUGAGGAGCAAGUGGGGGAAUCAAUGGAAGCUGGUCCAUUAAGUGGAACAAAGCACUGGCCCACCAGCCUGACUUUGCCCUCAGCCAGACUCCACCUGCCUGCCUCCUUAUUUACGUAGAUAUAUGUGGUAAAGAAGAAUGAUUCCUUACGAUCAGGACAUAUCUUUCAUUCACAGAAUAUACUGUCUGGAAUGAUGGCUGUUCACCUGGUAUUCACCAUCCUCGAAUUCUGCAUCUCCAUCUCCACUGCUGCCUUUGGGUGCAAGACGGUGUGCUUGAAAACCCACACAGAAACGGUAAUAUUUGAAAGGGAGUGGAGUUUGGCAAUCCAAGCAAACGAGUGGGGAUUCUGGAGGUGGGAUUGCUUGCUCUCCUGUCUCGUAAGGGGUAGGGGUUGUUGUCCAAAUAGUAUUCCACAUCCGGGUUGCAAUUCUUCAUCUGGGAUGCUUAUAGAAUUUAUCCUUAGCUUCGCACUGCCAGCUUGCCACUGUGGAGAAGCUAGCAUUUAACCAGAAAUUACUUUCUUCUCAGAACUGUGGAACUUAAAUCCUCCCACCUGUACUCUGGGACGUGUGUCUAUUUGCACACAUUUUGGAAACAACAAGCGCUCAGUUAAAAUGAAGGCAUUUCAGAUUGCACUUCCCAGUUCCUCAUUGUAGGGGAAAUAAUAUUUGAGCCAAACCUCUGAGUGAAUGACUCCUCUGCAGGCAGCUUUCUAGGCUGUUGCCAUUCUGGGCAAUCAGUUGAUUGUUGGGCUUGAACAGCUCCACGUGCAGAGCUUUUCAAAUCUUCAUGAUCAGCUGAUCGUCCAAGCAGGCAAAAAUGGGUCACCUGACAUUUUGACAUCAUGCCAUUGACAGGUGGGUUACCUUGCUCACCUGUCAAACUUUGCCCAAUGGAGCGGGAGAGAUAAGGAUGCAGUUUGUCACCCCCUUUUUAUCUCAUAAAGCUGCCUAGAUAAGACUGAUGGUGUGUGAGUAAUGCUUAAAAAAAAUGUUGAGGUCAGAAAUGAGGUUCAACAACAUUUCUGGUGUUCAGAGGUGGGAUACCCUCCCUAGUCCCUUGCCUCUCCCCAUGAAUAGCAAAAAUUAUGGAAAACUGCACAAUAUUAUGCAAAACUUAAGAAAGUGUGCAACAUCGUCCUUCAGAAUUUAGACCUUUCAGGGGGCAAAGUGGCAGAGUCCAUAGUCUGGAUCAUAGCUGUCAACCUUCCCUUUUUUUGUGGGAAAUUUCCUUAUUCCAACACCGUUUCCCGCUGCUUCCCGCUGCUAUUCCGGAUUGUUAGAUAUCCCGUAGACUGUCCCCAGGACAGGUGAGGCUGCUGAUCCCUUAUUUUCAAAUCUGAAAGUUGACAGCUAUGGUCUGGAUACUAGCUCUGCGAUUUUCACAUGAUGUCAAAUAUGAUAUUCAGGGCUGCCUAGUGGCAGUGAGGUAUUGGAGGACAUAGCUAUUUGUCAUGCUUCAGGGAAUCAGCUUCCUCUCCACCUUGGCAGUAGAUAAGCAGAACAAAGGAAAAGGAGUCUUCUUACCAGUUAGAAACUUUAAUAAUCACAGCGAGAGAACAAAAAUCCCAUCUCCUAGAAAUGGCGGUACUCCCAAUUAAGAAUUCCACCCCCUUUCACCCCACGUCACUUCUACUUCUUGUAAUCUGAUCUUGUACCCUCUGUGCUUUGUGUGCUUUCUGCUCUGCCACUUUCUUAGCUCUUCUUGACCUUGGGCUGAGUGGAGGAAUGCUCUCCAGAGACAGUGAACCUGUUAACUCCCCCCCCCCGGUGUUUCUUCUCCUAGCUCUUCCCCAUCCAGUAUUUCCCAGCUUCUGCCUUCUGAACUAUGUCCCUCUCCAAACCACUGUUCCAAAUCUAUACUGUCUUCCUGCUCUUGGGAAGAUUCAGGAUCUGGAUCAGGAGCAGGGGGAUGCUUCCACCAUUCCUUCUCAGUGCAGCCCUCCUCAGCAGAGUCCCUGACACUAUUUGGGCUACGUAGCCUGCCCCUGCCCCUACUAAGCAGCCCUGUUAUCCUCAGAUAGUUUGUCAAACUCAGCCCCUUUAUUCACAAGUUGAGCAGCAGACCGACACCCUCCCAGGCUGAUUUUCUUCCUUUCUUCAGGUUGUGGUGGUUUACCAGAACACGAUUCUGGACAGUGCUAAUGCUGUCAAUCUCCCGACUUCUGGCAAGGAUGCAGAGAACACCUGA